GUGGACAUGGACGGCGUGCUGGCCGACUUCGAGGGCGGUUUCCUCCGCAAGUUCCGCGCGCGCUACCCCGACCAGCCCUUCGUGGCGCUGGAGGACCGGCGCGGCUUCUGGGUGUCGGAGCAGUACGGCCGGCUGCGGCCCGAGCUGCGCGAGAAGGCCAUCAGCAUAUGGGAGUCAAAGAACUUCUUUUUAGACCUUGAGCCUUUGCCAGGGGCUGUGGAAGCUAUGAAGCAAAUGGCCAACCUGGAAAACACCGAUGUCUUCAUCUGUACCAGCCCCAUCAGGAUGUUUAAGUACUGUCCUUAUGAGAAGUAUGCCUGGGUGGAGAAGCACUUUGGCGCCGACUUUCUGGAGCACAUCGUGCUGACGAGAGACAAGACGGUCAUCUCUGGCGACCUGCUCAUAGAUGACCGGCCAGACAUAACAGGGGCUGAGGCGGAGCCCAGCUGGGAACACAUCCUCUUCACAUCCUGCCACAAUCAGCACCUGCAGUUGUCGCCCCCCGGCCGCAGGCUGCACUCAUGGACGGACGACUGGAAGGCCAUUCUGGACAGCAAGCGGCCCUGCUGACCUGCACUCUUCCCUGGGCUCCGUGGAGGGACUGGGUAACAGAGCUCCCAUCUCGGGGCCCAAGGGGCCAGUGCUGCAAGCUGGGCGGAGCCCUUCACAGAUGUCCAGGCCAAGACGACCUUGCUCUGCACAGCCCUCCCCUCCCCACCCCUCCCCGCUCUGCUGGACACAGACAGUGCGUCGGCUGUUCUGGUGCACUGGGGCGAUAGGCCCCUGCCCACGUGGCCAGCAGCGCCCUCCCCCGUCCCACAGGUAAGUUCCCUCUCGGACAGGGCCUGGGAAACACUCUCUUCAUGGGCACAGUCAGCACCACAGCAGCCCAGGCGGGAGGCAAACACGGUGCUUCCCAACUCUGGGUGGUGGCAAGCAGGCCUGGGUGGGAAGCUCCCUGGCUUCUCGGACACGGCGGUCUCCUGCCUCCACCCGCCCUCCUGCCCGGGCUCACCACCGCCUGUGUGUGUUCGUUCAGCAAACACUCAGUGAGCGCCAGCUCCCGCCAGCUCUGUGCCUCAGCCAGCCUCAAGGAUUCACACACUUCAGCCCCCAGACCCACGCAGGGCCCAGCUAAGAGUAGACAGGCUCCGACAUGUGUUGGAUGCACGGAAAAUAAAUGCUGUUCACCUGGAA